AAGAAAAAUGGCGACGCCUGCGAAAGCUGCUGUUCGUCAGGUUCAACCACUUUUGUCGAGGAAUAAUAAAGAAGCUCAUAGGAGGGUUAUUAAUUUGUACAGGGCAUGGUACAGACAAAUUCCAUAUAUCAAUCUGGAGUUUGAUAUUCCCAAGACAGAGAAUGAUAUGAGACAGAAGCUGCGAGAGGAGUUUAUGAAGCAUAAGGAUGUCAAGGAUAUACGUAUCAUUGAUCUUCUAGUCGUCAAGGGUCAAAUGGAGCUCCAGGAAACAGCCCAGAAAUGGAAGAACUCGGGAACGUUCAUGUACCUUUAUAAAGACACAGUUGAGAAGAAACCCACUGACUUCAUGUCGAAGUUCUUGGCGGGUCAGGAUUAAUUCAUUUUCGCUCGAGAAAUUGAUAGUUGUGAUGGUAAAUCUUCUAAGUUAAAUCUGAAAAAUAUUCAAUAAAAUGUAUAUAUGAUAGAGAA